GUCCGCCACACCAUGCGGUUCGGCUAAACCCGGCCGUCCGCUACCCAUCCCGAAGGCGCAAAACCCUCUCGUCUCGAGCGUCAGCUCUCCUCCCCCGGCGCCAUGGGCGGCGCCUCCAAGCUGCUCUCCUCCCUCCUCCUCACCUCAUCCCCGCUCCGACUCCGCCCCUCCGCUGCGGCCGCCGCGCUCUUCCUCUCCCCGCCUGCCGCGACUUCCCGCCGCCUGCUCCUGCUCUCCUCUCCCUCCCCCUUCCGCACCCUCUCCACCUCCUCAUCCGCCGCCUCCCUCCCGCACGGCUCCAUCACCGGCUCCCCGGCGCCACCGCCCCGAGAUCCUUUCCCCGAGUGGUCCCGCUUCGUCGACCGCCUCGCCGCCGCGGGGUACGCCUCCCGCGCACCCUGCCCCGCCGACGAGCUCGCGCUAGCCUCCGGAUGCGGUCUGUCGGACGGGGCGGAGGCCGCUGUCUUAUCCUGCCUCGCCUUCGCGCGCGACAGGCCCGACCUACUCAGGUCGCUUCCGAGGAAGGAUGUGGAGGUCUUGGUGGCAAACGCGGUGCCAGCUCUGUUCAAGGACGGGGACUUAUCAGUGCAGCGGCUGCGGCGGUACCUUGCUGGGGAAGAAAGCGAUGAUAUUGUUUCAGAGAGAGCUGAAACCGUUGAUAUUGUUCAAUAUAUGUUAAGUUACACAUACAGUUCUUCAGAUAGCUAUUCAGAAGAUAAGGAACUUACUGAUUCAGCUGUGAGAAAUAUCUUGGCUGAGUUAGUUAGUUUUAGUGGCCUUUCCCAAUCUUCCAGUUUUGUGGAAUCAACACUCAGGCAAACUUCCUCAAGUCAGCAUGAGCGGUUUUCGAGGCCUCCAGGAAAAAAUAUUGAAAUGAAGCGAGGGGACUGGAUUUGCACAAGAUGUAGCUUCAUGAACUUCGCAAGAAAUGUAAGGUGCCUUGAGUGCAAUGAGCAUCGGCCAAAGAAGAUGUUAACUGGUGGAGAAUGGGAGUGCCCUCAGUGUGAAUUUUAUAAUUAUGGAAGGAACAUGGAAUGCUUACGGUGUACCUGCAAAAGACCAGCAACAAUCCCACCAAAUCCUGCAUCUGCUGGUGCUGGUUUAUGUGGUGUGCCACGACUUCUUAAUGUAACCGAUGUUGGCAAAUCUGAAAUUGAGAGAAAACUUGCCGAAAAUGAUGAGAAGGCAGAAAGAUGGUUGAGCAAAGUAUCUCAACUCGACGAUUCUGCUGAUUUAAGUAGUCUAGCAGAAGAUGAGGACUUCCCUGAGAUUAUGCCUAUGCGCAAGGGGGUGAAUAAAUUUGUGGUUAGCACGCGCAAAACACCACUGGAGAGAAGAUUGGCAAAUGCACAGUACAACAUUAAUAAUAGCCCUGGAACUGCAUCAUCUGACUCAAAGAUCAGCCAAACUUUGGACAGGAUACUUGGGCGUUCGACAUCUACUGCUGCCCCAAACAAUCAAUCUGGUACUGAAGGUGCAAAUACUGAGGCUCCAAAGAAAUUAGUGGACCGUCUUGGUGGCAUCAACCCUGUUCCAUUUGUGCCACUGUCUGCAGAUCUAUUUGCUAGGCCACAAAGUAGUAAUGGACAGACAAACGAGGAUGGCCAAAUACAAACAGAAGCUAAUAGCACAGUGCCCCCACCCGAGAGACGAGAUGGCAAGGAAUUAUUAGAUACUGCAGAUAAAUGGUCCAACAAAGUAGCUAAACCUGACAAUGUUAAGGACCUCCCAGGUGCGAUUUCUGAUGAAAACUUUCCUGAGAUUAUGCCAAUGAGGAAAGGUGAAAACCAAUUUGUUAUUAGUAAGAAGAAAGACCGCUCACUGACAUCACCGCAAUACAAAAGGCGCAGUGUGCUCGAGCAGGUAGAUGAUUCCAAUUUUGUCCCAUUUGUUCCAUUUCCUCCUGGUUACUUCACCAAGAAAGAUAAGCCAAUGGAGAGUACUCCAGAUGCUGUAAUAAUGUCAGAAGGGUCUCCAGGAGCUGAAAAGCAUCCGGAAACAAAUGCUUCAUUGGGAAAUAGUGCAGUCACCUCAACCUCACAGGUUGUGGGUAGUCAGCCAAAAGGCAACAUGAAUAAUGAGAACUGGAACAGAAGUUACUCUAAGCAAAACUCCAGUGCAGGUGGUUAUACUUAUGAUGAUAGGAAUGACUAUCAGCAUCAACCACAAUCUCAUGAGUUGCGCUCUCGGUCUAGCGGUGCUUCAAAUACUGGCACUUGGAACACAGACUACUCUCAAGGGACCUUUAAUGAGAGCACAGGUGAAUCUACUUACAAUGUAACUAACUGUUCUGCACAACCACCUUAUACAUCGGGUUAUAGCAACAGCAACAAUUCUUGGAGCAGUGGCAACAAGAACAGCAAUAAUGCUUGGAGCGUCAAUAGUAAUUAUAACAACAAUACCGACAAUAACAGCAGUACUUGGAAGGGCAAUAGCAGCUAUGACGGCAAUACUUGGAGCAGCAAUAGCAGCUAUAACAACAAUGCCUGGAGCAGCAACAGUAACAAUAACCAGAGUGGUACAUUUGUUGAUAAUAGCAGUGCUGCUAGCAGCAGCAGUUACGUUAAUUAUAACCAGACAGUUCACAACUCGAGUUAUGGAGGAAGCUCAAGUAGAGGUUAUACUGGAAAGAGCUUAGAAGGAUCUGCUGUGAAGGAUCCUGAUCCUCUGGACAUGUCUGAGGAAGCUAAGGCUGAGAGAUGGUUUAGGAGGGCAGCCCAGAUAAAAGACAUCUCUGAGCUUGCCAACAUUCCAGACGAGGACUUCCCUGAGAUAAUGCCGAUGAGGAAGGGGGUAAACAGAUUUGUCGUUAGCAAGAGGAAGACACCAUUGGAGAGGAGAUUAACAUCUCCGCAGUACAGAAGGAACCUGCCAAUUGUAAGUUCUGAGCCGGAGAAAAAAGAUGGUAGUUGAAACAGAGGCAUGACUGCGAGCAUAGCACAAUCAUCGCUGCUGUGCAACUGUGCGAUUUUACACAAGGGUACAUUCUUCACUACAGAUUGUGACAAUAAGCCAGCACCAGAAAAUUCACAUCGUCAGAAAUGACGCACCAUGGCAGUUUUUUGCAUGGUAAAAUUUUGUUCCAACGACCGGGGGUCUGCUGUAUUUCAUUGUUACGUGUACCAUACGCAUGUGCUGUAACCUAAAACCUUUCAAUACUGCAGGCGUAGUGCAUUACAUAAUCAGAGUUUGGGCUUGUCUGAGGUUUCGUAUGUACGUGUAUUUCUUUCAAAGAUAUUGUUCGUCAAAUUCAGAUA